GCAAGUUUGAGUGCGGUGGGCGGUGUGGAAACAUCAGAGGAGCAAAAAAGACGUUUCGAAGUGGAGUGUGAAUUCGUUCAAGCAUUGUCCAAUCCGCACUAUCUCAAUUUUCUGGCACAACGGGGAUAUUUCAAAGAAGCAUACUUCAUUAAUUAUCUUAAGUAUUUGCUGUACUGGAAACGGCCCGAAUACGCUAGAGCAUUGAAAUAUCCGCAGUGUUUACAUUUUCUGGAGGCAAUUCAGCAUUCAGAGUUUCGUGAGGCCAUAGCGUGUAAUGCGAAUGCGAAAUUUAUUGAAGAGCAACAAAUAUUACAGUGGCAAUAUUAUACGAGGAAAAGGCAACGACUACAUGUUAUUGGUGGUUGUUGUAUCAUUGUUGUUGUGUUUUCAAUUGUAACUAAACUAACAAUCGAAUUAAUCGAGCCAUUAAAGAUGAAUGCUUUGGAUCGCAAAAUACAAUUCAUUGAAAUAUUAGAAGAGCUAUGUAAUCACAUGCUAGAGUAUAAACUGCACAAAGAUAAAGAAGGCUUGCAAAGAUUCUCAAAAGAGGAAACGUCCACGAUGAAUACACUCAAUAAACUGCAUCAGCGAGGUGUUAAGGUGGAAUUGGGUAUUCCUCAUGAAAUGUGGGAUAAGCCAGGUGUUGAAAUAACCUCAUUAAAACAACAAUGUGAAAAUAUUUUGGGGGAUUACGAUGAAGACAUUGAACGUUGGUUUUAUUCUGGCCGUAGUCGAAUUCCUUUGCAGAAAUACUUAUGUGAACAACGAGUGCUGAAAGGGAACGAUGUGUCUUGCAUUCGUAAAGUUAAUUCUGAAUUGUGA